AUGGCAUUGUCUUCGCGCCUGUUGACCUUGCGACGCUCACCAAUCCUCCUCCGACUCCCGCCAUAUCUCUCCGCGCUCUGCGUGCUCGCCGGCGUGAUCUGGCUACUACUCUUGCCUCUGGAUGAAUAUUCUCGUCUGACAUACAUCUCGGAGAAUGCCAUCCUGCCGGGACAGGUCUUUACAUAUUUCGGCGGCAGUGAGCACAAUGUCUUCCGCGCCUUGAGACAAGAGGUCUUUACGAUUUCGAAUUACAGUCCCGAGGAUCGCGUGGACGCGUUGCAGAACAUCAUCAAGGACUUCGGGUUGAAAGCUGCGCGGCAGCCAUAUACAUUCCGCGUGGCGGGAGAGACCAUCUCGGGGACCAACGUCUAUGGCGUCCUCCAAGGUCCUCGUGCGGAUGCCACCGAGGCGAUGGUGCUGAUCGCGGCGUGGAGGAAUGUCGACAAUGAGAUCAACUACUCUGGUGUAGCGCUGGCGUUAUCUCUGGCGCGGUAUUUCCAGCGUUGGAGCAUCUGGAGCAAGGACAUCAUUCUGUUGAUCCCGGAGGAUAGCAUAUAUGGUUCCGAGGCUUGGGUUUCCGCCUACCACAGCACUGCUAGCACGCCGACAUAUGCUCGGAAUAUCAGCGCUCUACCGAUCAAGUCUGGCGCACUGCAAGGGGCGGUCGCGUUGGACUAUCCCGCAGGCCCCUGGGGUCAGCGAUUCGACAAGUUGGAUGUCCUCUACGACGGCAUCAACGGCGCCCUGCCGAACCUCGAUCUCCUCAAUACAGCGGUCAACAUCGCACACGGCCAGAUGGGCAUCGACUGCACGCUCCACGGCAUGAACGAGCACGCAGACAAAUACAAAGACCGCCUCGAAUGCAUCGGUCGCGGGAUCGUUUCACAAGCGGCUGGCCACGCCACGGGUCCGCACUCGGCUUUCAUGCCGUACCACGUCGACGCCAUCACCCUACGCACGAUCGGCGACGGCUGGCAUGAUGAGAUCAGCCUGGGACGCGUGACGGAGAGCGUCUUCCGGUCGAUCAACAAUCUGCUGGAACAUUUACAUCAGAGCUUCUUCUUUUAUAUUUUGAUGAGCAAAUUACGGUUUGUGAGCAUCGGGAGUUAUCUCCCUGCUGCGAUGAUCAUCGCGGGGAGUUUCACGAUUAACGCUCUUGCUUUGUGGGUGCUGAGUGGGAGGGGUCCGGUGGAAGCACCAGGGAAUACGACGCCGAGCACGAGUGAGAAGUUGAAGGAAAAGGUUGCUGUCAGCGUCGGCGGUGACAAUGAUUCUGGUGUCGUGGUGGUGCUGCCCAAAGCUGAGUUGGAGUCGGUCGAGAGGAAAUUGGCAUUGCCUGCCAUCGUCCUUUUGGCGGUGCAUCUGCUCAGUUUUGUUCCACUCUACUUGCUCACCUCAUUACAUCAAAAGCAUCAUCUCUGGGUCUUCUCCCUCCUCACCGCGACGACCUAUCUCCUCCCGCUCCUCACCAGCGCCGUCCUCGUGCGCGGAUUCCACACGACAUCGCAACAACUCCAAGCCGUGCAGUCCUUCUCCCUGCUCUUCCUCGGUGCCGUCCUCUCCACCUGGGCGACCAUCAAUUUCUCCCUGGCGCUGGUGAUCGGCCUCCUCGCCUCGCCGUUGUCCUUCGCCCGGCCCUUCGCCACCGGCGCAAAGAAGCCAUCGGAGAAGAUUCAGAAGAAGCAGGACAUCACUUCUCCACUUCCGCUGAUCGCGAGUGUUCUCUCGACGGCGGUCUAUCUGCUGGUUUCGCCUCCCUCUGCGUUAUACGCGCUUUCGUGGGCCUCGGGGAAGGGUCUGGGUGCGACCUUGCUGGAAGUGGCUAAAGGUUGGGUCGCGCAGGGGGUUUGGAGUUCGUUGGUGGUCUGGUGUGUUUGGUGGCCUGCGUGGGUGAUCGGUGGGACGGUUCUGUUCAGCGGGCUGGUGAGAGGUUGA